CUCCCCCCCCGUGCAGGCGCGGAGCCGGCGGCGCACGGCGGCGGAAGCCGGGGCGGCGGACGGCGGCGAGCGGGGCGGCGGGCAGCGCCAUGCGGGCGGCCGCCUGCCUCCUCUCCCUGGCGCUCUGCGCCCUGCCCUCUGCCCCAGGAGGCGCCGGGCCGGCGACGGCGACAGCGGGGCGGCGGGGCGAGAGCCGCUUCGCGGAGCGAGAGAGCAUCAGGCCCCUGCGGCUGGUCUCCGGCGGCGAGGGCGGCGGCGGGGCGCGGCGGCCGGCGCUGAGCACCCGGGUGCGGAGCGGCGCGGCGCGGACGCAGUCUACCCACAUUGCUCGAGCCAGCUUCCAGGUUGAUGCUUUUGGAUCGUCUUUCAUCCUAGAUGUAACGCUAAACCAUGACCUGCUGUCUUCUGAAUAUCUUGAGAGGCAUAUCGAGCAAGGUGGGAAGACAGUGGAAGUUAAAGGAGGAGAACAUUGCUAUUAUCAGGGAGAAAUUAGAGGAAAACCUGUAUCAUUUGUUGCCUUGUCAACGUGCCAUGGAUUACAUGGGAUGUUCUAUGAUGGAAAUCAUACUUACCUUAUUGAGCCAGAUGAAAACUACACUUCAGAUGAUGACUUCCAUUUCCACUCUGUUUACAAAUCCAAGUUGUUUGAGUUUCCUUCGAAUGACCUGCCAUCUGAGUUCUGGCAAACGAAUACUACAUCCCAGAAGUUUGUUGUAAAGCCAAGACACAAAAGAAGUAAAAGGCAGGUUCGUCAGAUUCCACGUAAAAUUGAAGAGGAAACAAAAUACAUUGAGUUAAUGAUUGUAAAUGAUCAUCUAAUGUGUAAAAAGCACCGCUUGUCAGUCGGCCAUACGAACAGCUAUGCUAAAUCAGUUGUGAACAUGGCAGAUUUAAUAUAUAAAGAGCAACUUAACACCAGGAUAGUAUUGGUUGCCAUGGAAACCUGGGCUACUGAUAACAAGUUCACCAUAUCUGAAAACCCCUUGGUGACCCUACGUGAGUUUAUGAAAUAUAGGAGGGAUUUUAUCAGAGAGAAAAGUGACGCAGUUCACCUUUUUUCGGGGAGUCGAUUUCAGAGCAGUCGAAGUGGUGUAGCCCACACUGGUGGAAUCUGCUCCUUGCUUAAAGGCGGAGGUGUGAAUGAGUUUGGAAAACCAGACUUAAUGGCAGUUACCCUGGCACAGACCUUGGCCCAAAACAUUGGCAUUUUCUCAGACAGAAGAAAACUUAUAAGUGGUGAGUGUAAGUGUGAGGACACGUGGUCUGGAUGCAUAAUGGGAGACACGGGGUAUUAUCUUCCAAGCAAGUUCUCCAAGUGUGAUAUUGAAGAGUAUCAUGAAUUUUUAAACAAUGGAGGUGGAGCCUGCCUUUUCAAUAAACCAACCAAACUUCUGGAUCCUCCAGAAUGUGGCAAUGGCUUUGUGGAAGAUGGAGAAGAGUGUGACUGUGGAACGAUAGCGGAGUGUGCCAGUGAAGGAGGAGAGUGCUGCAAUACUUGCACCCUGACGGCAGGCUCCCAGUGCAGCAAUGGGCUUUGCUGUCGGAAGUGCCGGUUUGAACCUAAAGGAGUUUUGUGCCGAGAAGCAGUGAAUGAUUGUGAUAUUGCAGAGAACUGCACAGGAAAUUCCAGUCAGUGUUCUCCCAAUAUUCAUAAAAUGGAUGGAUAUUCAUGUGAUAACAAGCAGGGUAUUUGUUUUGGAGGAAGAUGUAAAACCAGGGACCGGCAGUGUAAAUAUAUCUGGGGUGAAAAAGUGACAGCUGCUGACAGGUACUGCUAUGAGAAGCUGAAUAUUGAAGGGACUGAGAAAGGAAACUGUGGAAGAGACAAGGACUCUUGGAUACAGUGCAAUAAACAGGAUGUGCUUUGUGGAUACCUUCUGUGCUCCAAUAUAUCCAGUGUGCCUAGACUUGGAGAACUUGAUGGAGAAAUCACAUCAUCAAUCUUGCAGUUUGGAAAAGUCUACAAUUGCAGUGGUGGCCAUGUGAAACUUGAUGAGGAGACGGACCUGGGCUAUGUGGAGAAUGGGACGCCGUGCGGGCCGAACAUGGUAUGCCUUGAGCAUCGCUGCCUCCCCACUGAGGCCUUCAACUUCAGUACCUGCCCAGGCACCACAGACAGCCAAAUUUGUUCAGGACAUGGUGUUUGUAGCAAUGAAAUAAAGUGUGUCUGUGACCGAUUCUGGGGAGGAGAUGACUGCAGUUCUCGUAUCAAAGAUGAUCUAUUUUUUGAUAAAGAUGCCAUCAAUAAAGGUGUUGUUAGCACAAAUAUAAUAAUAGGGGCUAUUGCUGGCACCAUUUUAGUGUUGGCUCUCGUUUUAGGAAUAACUGGUUGGGGUUACAAAAACUACAGAAGACAGAGACAAAUACCCCAGGGAGAUUAUGUAAAAAAGCCUGGAGAGGCCGACUCUUUUUAUAGCGACAUGCCUCCUGGAGUCAGCACAAACUCUGCAUCUAGUUCUAAGAAGAGGUCUGCUUUUCUGUCGCAUUUUCAGAUUUCUACCUGUUCCAUCACCCAUUAUUCCAUUAGUCAGAACAUUUCAUUGUUUUGCAGCAGGUCAAAUGGAUUAUCUCAUUCCUGGAGUGAAAGGAUCCCAGACACAAAACAUAUUUCAGACAUUUGUGAAAAUGGGAGGCCUAGGAGUAAUUCUUGGCAAGGUAAUAUAGGAGGAAACAGAAAGAAAGUCAGAGGCAAAAGAUUUAGGCCACGGUCUAAUUCAACUGACAGGGUAACCCAUGCAUCUGAGCCUGGGCUUUCUCUCGCCCACCAAAUCCCGGCCCAAGGCAUAAGCCCAGGGGGUUCUGACCACCCCCAAACAGGGAGUCGGGAUCACAGGACACUGUCUCCUGCAAAGUCUCCAUCUUCGUCCACUGGAUCUAUUGCUUCCAGCAGAAAAUACCCUUACCCGAUGCCACCGCUUCCUGACGAGGAGAAAAAAGCCAACAGGCAAAGUGCCAGGCUAUGGGAGACGUCCAUUUAGCUGCACUGUUUUCCUGGGGUGACAUCAGAACUGUUUACUUCGAAUUCUUUAGAAACUCAGCGUCACUGAGUCACUGCACAUUCAUCUGCUCUUCAGACAAUUUGAAAGCUCAACAGAGAUGCCCGUGAUCACAGUGAGAACCUCCUUUCACCUGGAAGGGAAAAAAGCAGUCUUUUUUUUCUUUCUUUUUUGUUGACUAGUAUUUUAUGGAUUUGAUGAACAACCGAAAUCAUAACAAUUAACAGGGGAUAAUUAGCCCGGAUGUGACAAGGCUAUUCCGCAUGAUGACAGAUAAACUUACCUAGAAUCCCAACUGCAGUCCAUUUGCCAGUCCCGCAUAAGAGAGGUUUUUCUCUGGUUUAUUGCAGUCCUGAGUCAGACCAGAGUGGAACUGGGAACACACCUCCUGGGGAGCCCAGCCGAUGUAAACUUGUACGCUGUAUGCAUGAACCUUGUGUUCUUUACUUUCCACAUGUAAGGGAUAAACGACAUACUGUAGUAGAAAUUAGCAUGCAGGAGUAAGAAAUAUAGGAUUUUUUUGUGACAGGAUUUCAAGCUUUGAAAGGCAACUAUUUGACACAAAUGUCAAACAAACAAGGAUUAUAUCUUUUUUUUUUUUCCUUAUGUGUUUAUAACCUCAGUAUACAGAUUGUAUAUAUGUAAACAUUUGAUAAUGUCAAAAAUAGCUGUUAUACAUAAGUGUAUUUUGCCAAAUGCCGAAAGAAACAGUCAUGACUAACAUCAUCACACUUCAAAUUUUCUAAUAUUACGAGCAGACAACUUUGGAAAUACAGAAAGUACAGUACUGUAAAACCGUGUCUCUCGGAAACUGGUGUUUGACCAAAAUCUGUACUAUCUUUUCAGUAUCUUAUACUGUCUUGACAAUCUCAGUUGUAUGGUAGACUGCAGAAACCAGUACAGCAGCACUUUGUCUUAAAUCAUUGUAAGAGGAACCAGCCAAAAUACGUUGUUCAGUGGGAUGACCAGUGUAUCCUCUCACAGCUGUAAUCAAGAAUGAUUUGGCAGACAACAGAGUCUUUGAGAAAUACGCAGUUCAAACUUACUGGACAUUUGGGAAUACUUCUAAGUAGUCAAUUCAGGAUGUGGUGAUGUGAAGUCCUCCUGGUGAGAGUUGCUGUGUAUUUUUGAUAGAGCAUUUCAGACACUGUUUUAGAUGGCAAGGCGUAGCUUAUGAGAAGCAUAACGAUUUCACUGCACUAGAUAAUAACAGUGCUGGGCAAGUGGCCAGUUUCAUUGCUGUCUUUUAAUUUCUGUUACUGGAAUCGCCUUUACCGUGCGCUUGAACGCUAUGCUUGCUGCCCCUGAAGGCCCCUUGACAAUUUUUUGGGGCAUUAAACUGAGUACAAGUGAGUUUAGCCUAAAAAAGCAGGGUGUGGGGGAACAAAUCUUUUACCAUGGAGAUGUUAAUCUUGUGUAUAAGUGGAUGGUUAGUUUUCUAACACGUGAGACUUCUAAAGGUUGUUGUAAAACAAAUGUCUUUUGAUUAGGAAUUUUCAGUCAGUAAGAAACUGGACCAUAUUAAAUCAGUUUAUAAUUCUCCAGCUUUCCAAAAUUGACUAAUUCUUAGCUUCAGGUAGUACCAUUGCAGAAUAAAACACCUGAUUCUGUGUGGUGCAGUUGAAUACCUUGCCCAACAGCUGUAUGAUCAAUUAGAUACUAUUGUAAUGGGAGCAUCUACGGUGUUUCUGAAUCUUCUACCUCUUUCAUGCGUUUCCUUUAAUAAGUGAACCCAACACUUGCAGCCUUUUAAUAUAUUUUUUUAACUUUUAAGUCUCUCGAUAAAGUCAGAUAUAUGUAAGAUUAAAUUAAGAAAUGUUUAAAGAUGUCAGCAACUGUAAAGUAUGCAAGAUUUUUAGAAGCACUAUAUUUUAUGAUUAGGCUGUGUGUUGGAUUAUGACAAAAUAUUGGCCUUGGUGUUCAAAUGAUUUUCCUUCACAGUCGACAGGUUCUGGUAAGUAUUUUGGAAAAAGACAAAUAUGAGUGAGCACUAGUGCAUGCAGACAGACCAUCUGGAAGGAGCCAGUCACUUGUAAGUGCUUUAGGAAAAGAUUCUGCACUUUUGUGAGGAGUUAAUGUCCGUCAGCACUGAAGAAUAUUUUUUGCAAAGAUUUACUUUGAGUGUAGGUAACUGGAUGAAAGAUAGUUGGCAGCGUGUAGCUCAUGAAAUUAGGGUCUGAGCCAUAAUCACUUGAAAUCAGUAUGUCUUCUAUUGAUUUCACUGGACUUUGAGCAGGACCCUCAAGGAAUUCAACCACAUUAGGACAUUAUGCUAACCUGAUAGCCGCUGUGUUACUCUGUCGCCUGGAAGCUGUUUUUCCCUCCCAUACUAGUACCUUGUCUUUAGUAACUGGCCUGUUCAUCGUGUGCCUUUUAUGGUAUUUUGUUUGGAUACAAACUGGCAUGUAAUUCUGAAUAAUCCUAUUAGAUUUCUGUGCAUAUUUUAUGUUUACCACUGUUUACUCUUCCCUUUCCAUUUGCCUUAUCAAGAAGCAGCAAGAUUUGGCAGACAGAACUGCAUAUAACAUACUGGCUCUUUGUGUAAUGUUCAUAGCUUUUUGUUUUGCUAACAAAUGGCUCUCCUGAUGAAUUUUCAAUGUAGUAUGUACUUUUAGCUUCUCUCUUGUUUUGGUAUAAUUCAUUUGUAGCAUAUGAUGAUACAGUUAUGUGUGUAGUCUAACAGUCACUUUCAUGUUUGGAGAUAUGUAGUGACUGGAAGUCUAGUUAUGAGCACUAAGUUUAAGUUAAAUAAAUAUUGACUUCCACUUUGAUGGCCUAGAGUGAGAACAUCACAGGACUUGGGUCUUUGCAAAAUUCUUCUGCAGGGAACUUUGCAUUGGGUUGGUAACUUGGAGACCUUGUCGUUGCACAAAACCUGAACUAGCAGGGCUGUGUGAGCCUCCAAAGCCAAUGCAGGUCAAAGAGAGAAGUUGUUUGCUUACAUUCUGUGGGUUCCUACUUUUAAAAUGUAGUGUGUUGGAAAGCUGCCAGCUUAAUAACCUUGAAGAUUGCAAACAUUUUUAUCCACUGCAGUUAGUUACACUGGCAAUAGCAAUAUAAAUUGCCGCAUAAUACCUCAUCCAGUCUAAAAUAAGUACUUGUAUUGUCAGUAAGAUAGCUCAGUCAUUUUGACUCAUUGAGACUCAUGCUUUUGUUUUUCUUUUUACUUUAAUAAAUGAACUAGUUAUUUCUAGCCAUGCUGUAGAUGCCUGUUGAAGUGGGGAGGUUAUCAGUUCUUCUCAAAUAGAAGUAAUUGUCCAUAUGAGCAUAGGACCUGCAGGAUGAGCUAUACUUAAGUUAGUGUUAUGUAUUUCAACGUGGGAGAAGAAUCUUGUAUGAUUUAAAAUAAAAUUAGUAUGACUAACUGA